CAUGUUGUCCUGCUGGUGUGUGAGCUUUCCUCCACCCUGAUGAACUUGCCUGCAUCCACUCUUACAUUCUAUUCACAAAUAUAUUCUUCACAUUAGCCUUUUGUUCUGUAUGAAGGAAGAGUGUUUGGAUAAUUGUAGAAAAUGAAAGGAUGAUUAUUUCAACAUUGCUAUGAAAGCCAUUUAUGGAUUUGUACACAUUAGCAGUGCAUGUUAUGCUUAAUUUGAGGGCAUUUAUCUUUAGAAGUGGCUGCAGGAGAUCUGUAAUGAGAAUGGCUGGAAACACAAACGCUCCCCAAUUAUUUGGAGAGAACUGUUGGACCGUGGGGGAAAAGGCCUUCUUCUAGGAGGAUUCAAUGAAUUUCUAGAACAUGCUCAGCAAUACUAUAACAUCACAUCAGACAUGAUGACUGAAGAGAUGUUCCGAAUAGCUAAGGAGAACUUGCAGACUUGCAUAGAAAUUAAAACAGAAGAGGAAGAACUGAGAAGUCUUAUCAACCCCUUGCACAUUUGGGUCAACAGGGCAUGCAGUCAUGCCUGCUAUCAUCUGAUCCCUUUAUUAACCAAUGGAGAAAUAUUUGGAAUGGAAACUGAAGUCAGCCUUCAUUUGUUUGACAGAAGCAGUUUCAAAGAAAUGCUUCAGAGUGUUGUUAUGGAGACUCAAGAUUUAGCAUCCCCAGUCCUUCGUAGUGUCACCUGCCACACUGAACUGGAGGACGCUUUCCUUGAUGCUGAUAUCAUCAUUUUGUUUGAUGACAUCCUACAGAAAACAAUUCCAACGCUUGAAGACUGUGUCCACCAAGUGACCAAUCAAUGUAAAAUAUAUGGCCCUUUGAUAGAGCAGAAUGCCAAAAGCAAUGUCAGAAUUAUUGUGAUGGGAAAAACUUUUGCCAACCUUAAGUCAUUAAUGCUUAUGAUACAUGCACCAUCUAUAAAUCCUCAUAAUAUUGUCACUCUUGCUACACUCUUAGAAAGUGAAGCCAAGGCUAUGAUAGCAAGAAAAAUGCAAAUGCACUCAGCAGGAAUAAAAAAUCUCAUAGUCUGGGGAAACAUCAGUGGCAGUAGCUUCGUUGAUCUGAGUAAAACAGAGCUAUAUAGAUAUGACAGUGCCAUCUGGGGCCCACCAAGCUUUUUUCGUCCUUUGUUGGAUGUGCUGUUUGAUCGUGAAUGGAUGCAAAUUGAAUUUGUGGCUUCACUGAGUUCGCUGAGUUCUUGGGGAACUCGUGGUUUAGGAAUAGCACCUGCGCAUACCAUUGCUACUGUGCUGAAAUACUGGUACCAAGGAUCCCCUCCUGGAGAAGUGGUCUCCUUGGGAGUAAUUAGUGAAGGUCAAUUUGGACUUCCUGAGGGGAUUGUCUAUUCAAUGCCUGUAAGGUUUGAGAAUGGCAGCUGGGAGAUCUUUACAGAAGUAGAAAUUAAUGAGAAAACCCAAGCAUAUCUUAUGAUUCUGGCCUGUGAUCUAAUUCGGGAAAAACAAGUUGCCUUAGGUGAAGUAGCAGAACUGAAUCCACAAAGAAAAGAAGUUCAUGUGGCAUACAGUGAUUCAGCAGAAGAAGAGCAAGACUUUGAAGGGAAGGAUGAACAUAGAUUUUCCUCAAGUGACCAAGGAAUAGCCUUGGAAAGUGAAGAUCAAGCUAUUGCUGAAGAAACUGAAGGUACUACUGAUGAACUAAAUGAGUCCAAAAAUACUGAAGAACAAAACUUUGAAGCUGAAGAUGAUUAAGAAGCUAAAUGCAAAACUAUUCUGUAAUGUGCAAAUGAAAGUUGUAUUGCUCCAUCAGUGAAUGUAGAAAAACUCUGUAUGAUGUACUUCAAAGAAAUAUAGUGUAAAGAAGGAAUACUGUCUUAUUUGGUCAAAUUUAUUUUGCAAAUUAAAACUAUUUUGAUAUUUCCUGA